AAAACUACACAACGGCUCUUUUAAGAGCCACCUACACCAAACUAAGAGCCGACUCUUGACUGACUAUGCUAUCAUAAGGUCUAAAGUUGUAUUGUACUGUCUCCACAUAUGGAAAAUGUAGUUAUUGGUUAAUGUUUUAUCCCUCAUAUAAUUUGUUGUUAGUACUCUUCUUGUUUUACUGCCACAGCACCCUCAGGUGUAAAAACAUGAAAACAAAAUAGAAUAAAUUAAACAAUUACUUUAUGUUGGAGAGUAGUAUUAUGAUUUGUACUUUUAAUUUUAGAUUAUGAUUGUAUGUGCUGCACAUUGUAAUCUGAAGAAAAGGAACCUCUUACUGACUGUCUAAAUUUAAUUUACUGCCGGCUACGAUAUCCCCCCCCUACGGAAGCCGAGAGGGGUCACAUCAAACGCAAACGCCGCAACAAAUACAAUGCGACCACAACAAAAAGUCACAACACACCAACAAAAGCCACAACGGAAAUGACUGCGGGACUCUAUUUUAAUGCAAACGCCACAACAAAUACAAACGCCACAACACAUCAAAAAGCUGCAACACAUUAAAAAGUCACAACACAUUAAAAAGUCACAACGGAAGUGACCGCGGGACUCUAUUUUCCGACGGACCGAUCAAGCUGCAAGUGAAGAAGAAAAACUACAACGUGAAAAGUAAAGGAACGGAGAAGUUGAAGACGUUACGAUGUAUUGUCCUUUUUGUGGCUCUGGGUUACCAUCUGAAACAGUAUUCUGCAGUUCUUGUGGCAAAAAUAUUAAAUUCCUACAAGACUUUGACAAACCCAGCACAAGUCAAGAGGCUCUGUUUGAUGCAGGAGGCAUAAAGAAAGAGGAUGCAGUGGAGUCAUUACGGAAUUUUAGAAUAUUAAAAGAGAAGGAGAGGCGAUUAUGUUUUAAAAAGAAAAAGAACCGCUGAUGGAAACCCUUGUGGAAGAAACUCCUGUGAAGAUUUCGGUGGGCCUUAUGAGGCUGAAAGAUGGAGUCCUGAGUCCUGUGAGAGGAAAGACACUCCCCCUUUCAGUCAAACCAGGGAUAGAUGCCAAAGAACUGCACAAAGCAGCGCGCUGACAAAAUUAAAGGCCUUUGACAGGAAUGUACCACCAGGUCCCUACUUUCUGCUGUAUCCUGAUGGGUCAAAGAUUGAAAAUAUACCAGGAACAAACAACCCCAUUCUCUUUAAAAGAAUACAAGGAGGCAGUGGGGAAGGCGUACCAACGCAUCACCGUGUACAUUUGUACAGCUGCAGAUUUCAUGACCUGUUCUCAGGAGCUCACCACAGAUUCCGAGGAGUCAGACUCAGAUGUGAUAAUCAUGAGCAGAAGUGCUGCAGAGUUCAAUACAGCUGAUACAGUGAUAUGGGAACCUGUCUUGAACAGUACAAAUAAUAAUGAUGAACAGUCGCCCACUGAUUUAACAACUCUGAUGGAAACUACAAGUUACAGAAAAUACACUGAGUUGUAUUCACCCAUUGUGAUCGAGGAUGAAGAAGACGUGGACGUGGACAGCCAUAUAAUUCCAAAGGAUACAGAGGUGGAAUUACUGUCAGUUUCAGAAAUAAUAAAAAAUCUGACACUCCAAAUUGACCAUAAACAUGUCAGCAGAUUUAACAUAUGUCGCUCUGACAUCUGGGAUGGGGCUGUUAGGGGACUCAAAAGGGGAACAUUUGCUGAAAACUAUGACCUCCUAGUUAAGUUCUCUGAUGAUGCUGGAAGGUUUGAGGAAUGUGUCGACACAGGCGGGCCGAAGAGGGAAUUCCUCUCACUGCUCAUGAAAGAGCUGAACAAACGACCCAUAUUUGAUGGACCUGUGGAGAGCCGCUACCUUGUUUACAAUACAACAGCAAUAAGAGGGGAUGAAUAUUAUUUUGCCGGCCAGAUGAUAGCCUUGUCCAUAGUACACGGUGGUCCUGGUCCAAAUUUUCUGUCGGAAGAUCUGGUCAGCUUCAUCUCAGGGAAAUCCAGUUUCAAGUCAUCAGUAGCAGACAUUACAGAUGAGGAAAUAGGGAAAGUGCUACGAGAGAUUCAGAAUGCAGCGUCCCUGGAGAAUCUGCGAGACCUGCUGGCAGAGAACAGUGCCAUGUUGCAAACCGCUGGGUGUUUCAGAUAUGUGAAGUCAUUGGAGGAAAAAGACACAAUUGUGAAGGACUACCUGUGGUGGUUCAUCAUCGACAGGAAUCAUGCUGCUAUUGACAGAUUCAAAGCCGGUCUUGCCACUUUGCAGUUUUUAACGGCUCUACAACAGCAUCCUUCAGUUCUGACCGAUGUCCUCUGCCACGUCAACAAAAGGUUAACUGCUGCAGAGGUUGAACACAUGUUCCAACCUGAGCUGAGUCCAAAUGGAAGCAACAGGAAGGUCCAGGAGGACAAAACCAUGAGCUUCUGGGCAGACGACCUACUUGAUUGUGAAGAAAAUAACACCUUGGUGUCCUUGGAGGAGCUCUUCAUGUUUGCCACAGGGGUGCCACGCGUGCCUCCAGCUGGAAUGGAUCCAAAGCCACGUCUUGAGUUUCUCGCAAGUUCAACAUUCCCAAUGGCAAACACAUGUGCCAAUACUUUAAAGCUUCCUCUACUGGACUGCUACAGUACCUUUAAAACAAACAUGGAUUUUGGGAUAAAGAAUUCCCCUGGAUUUGGAUGUCAUUAAUUCAGUGUUAAUGAGCUGUUCUGUGAGUGUUAAUGUGUUAAUGUUGUAUCUUAAUAGGAUGUGUUGUGUUCAACAGUCAGUAAAACAAAUGUGAAAAGCCAUACAAGUUAACUGAGUGAUUGCAGUGGCCACAUGUUCAGGCUAGUGUUUAAACAUUGUCACAGGAAAUUCUACAUUUUAUCCAGCAACUAGCACUGUUUAUUGUUACAGUCAUCAGCGCUUCAGAAGCUGAAUGUGCUACUUUUACUCAAUUUUUUUAUGAAUAUAAAAAAAAAACAGGCCAAAAUAAUUUGUGUGUUUGUUUAUUGUAUGGA